UCCGUCAUACCGUACAAGGGGUGUUGUGCUUCUAUGUAAACUAGAUGCGGUCUCUCUCUAUACUUAUAUCGCAUAUAUAAAUGUUCACACUUACUGCUGACUAGUUGCAAAUGGAAAAAGAAUCAGGGCGUGGAAUAGAAAGGUAAACCACAUGUGAUUUCCUACAGCCAAUCAGCAUACAAGGGGCGUGGUCACCAUUAUACUUACCGAGAUAAAAACGGAGUCACUUAUAGCAUCCAACCAAGUAACUGCCUCCCAGCAAGAUGAACAAAAACAAGCAGCAGAUGGCAGAGCAGUUCUUGAGUCACGCCCUAGGGAUCAUCUACCUGCUAACUGGAGAGGAAUACACCAUUGUAAAGAAGAAUUCUCCCCACAACUGCUGUCAUAAGCUGACUGGAGAGGUGCCUCUUAAGUGUGAUGAUGUGGCAGUGUAUUUCUCUAUAAAGGAGUUGGAUUAUGUAGAAGGGCAGAAGGAAUUUUACAAGGACAUUGUAAGGGAGAAGCAACAAACACUGAAUACCACAGAGAUCUCUGCACACAAUAGCUCAGAACUAACAGGGCAGCGUGAUGAUAAUGUAGAUACAGAGUUAAUUCAGGAAAAAGAAGAGGAUGAUCUGCUUGGCAAGUUAAUUCCGCAAACCGAGACCAAUUCAGAUCUUUGUGCAGGUGAAGACCAUGAUGAAAUUGUAUUAAAAAAUGAAGAAAUGGAGCUGUGUGAAAAGAGUGAGUCUGAAACUCCAAAGCAGGAAAUCUGUGAUAAUAAUAGUACAAGUGAAAACCAUGAUGAAAUUGUAUUAAAAAGUGAAGAAAUAAAGCUGUGUGUAAGGAGUCCGUCAGAAGCUCUGGAGCAGGAAAUCUGUGACAAUAUCAGCACAGGUGAAUAUAAGGAUGCAAUGGAAGAAUCCAACGCAAUAUUCUGCCCAUCAAUAAAAACAGAGGAAGAUAACAGCACUUACAGUAUUCAACAGAUUCAAGGAGAGCUUUUGAACCGAGACUCACCAAAUGAAUUAUUACAUGAGAAAAGAAAUCUCACAUUUGUUUCAGGUUCUUACGAUUAUGAGCAAAACUAUUGCAGUUUCAAUCAGAGUAUUUUCAAAGAUGAUAACAAUGCACCUUCUACUACCGGGACUGUUAAUUUUAAUGAACCAGCAAAAUUUAACUACAUAAUGGACUCAAAUUCUAGUUUGAAACUUGUUGAACAUUAUAAUAUUUCUACAGAAAACAACCAGUAUGUUUGCCAUAAAUGUGGAAAAGGUUUUCUUCGAAAGUGCGGUUUGGAUGAACAUGAAAGAACCCAUACAGGAGAAAAACCCUAUGUGUGUCAGCAAUGUGGAAAAGGCUUUUCUGCAAGAUCAAGUUUGUGUUUACAUCACAGAACUCAUACAGGCGAAAGGCCAUACGUAUGUCAGCAGUGUGGAAAAUGCUUUACUAAAAGUUCAAACUUAUAUUUACACCACAGAAUCCAUACAGGAGAGAGGCCCUUUGUUUGUCAGAGAUGUGGGAAAAGCUUUUCUCGAAAGUUUACUUUGGAUGAACACUACAGAACCCAUACAGGAGAGAAGCCUUAUGUGUGUCCGCAAUGUGGAAUAGGCUUCGCUUCAAAAUCAAGUUUGCUUUCACACGUCAGAACUCAUUCAGGAGAGAAGCCACAUGUUUGUCAGGAAUGUGGCAAAGGUUUCUCUCAGAGGUCAUAUUUGAGUACACACUACAGAACCCAUUCAGCAGAGAGGCCCUUUGUUUGUCAGGAAUGUGGAAAAGGUUUUUCUCAAAAAGCAUAUUUGAUUGCACACUAUAGAAUCCAUAAAAGAGACAAACCAUAAGUUUGUCAACUAAGUGGACUUUUUCAAAGAACAAUGUUGUUUACACUUCACAGAACUAAUACAGAAGAUAACUAAUAUGCCUGUCAUUAGCAUGGUAAGGUUUUCUUAAUAUGCCAUAUUUGGUUAAGCCGCACAGAAACCACAUGAGCUUAAAGCUGCAUUUUUGUUAAAGUUGUAUAAAAUGCUUCUUUGAUGUAUUUGGUAUUAUUUAACACUAAAUAAUAAAAUAAGCUACAUUUGGGUUAAACAUAAUGAAA